AUGGUAGCCAUACAUGCACUCAACGGGAUUAUCGAGAGGACUUGUGGGCUGGGUGUGGCAGCCAGGUCAGUUUAUGACAUGAGUCGGCGUAUGAUGCUCGACUGUGGAGACGAACUGGUGCAGAGUACGCUUGGGAUGGGACAGCCAAAACGCAGAAUCGGGACAAUGCUAAUUCUGGAACGGCAAAUGGAUAUGCUCACGCCACUCCUACAAGCGGAGACACUGGAAGGUCUUGUAGACCACUUCAUAGGCAUAAAAUUAG